AUCACGGGGUCCUCAAUCUACUAUUGCAAACAACAGUAGAGGAAGGGGGACAAAUUUGUCUAAUAAAGGAUUUCACAACUCUGCAAGGGGUUUCAUCGACUUACAUUCUCUUCCACGCCUGAAAUUGAAUAACAUUAGGUCGUGUGACCAUUGUGGUGCUAAGCUGUUUCCCCAUGAGACUAAGCAGUUCUGUUGUUUGAAUGGAAAAGUCAGUCUACCAAAUCUGCCGGUACCUCCAGAACAUAUGUUGCUAUAUACUGCACAAUCAGAAGAGGGAUUUCAUUUUAGGCAUAAUAUUCGUGCAUACAACCAUGUUUUUGCCUUCACAUCAAUCGGGGUACGUAUCGACCAUAACACGGCUAAUCUUAGGAAGGGAGUGUAUACAUAUCGUGCUCAAGGUACUAUGUAUCACAAGAUUGGGAGUCUCAUACCAGAACCAAGUGAUAGACCAAGGUUCCUUCAAAUGUACAUAUACGACACCGAACAUGAAUUAGAGAACCGGAUGAAAGAGCAACAGUUUGCUGCCAAGAAUGACAAGGUACGGCUCAGGCUCAGGAGUCAACAACAAGUGAAGAACCGCUUAACAGGCAAGUUCUAGCUAUCUUAAAAGGAAUGUUGGACAGAUGCAACCCCUACGUGCGUGUUAUUCGCCAGAUUUCACAAGUUAAUGAUUUGCAUGAUGUUCGUCUACAUAUAAAAGAGCAGCCAACUUAUCGUCGUCAAUAUAACAUGCCAACAUCACCGCAAGUUGCUGCUAUCUUAGUUGGAGGAGAAGAUCCGAGUGAAGUGCUUCCAAGGGACAUCAUUGUUGAAACAAAUUCUGGACAACUUCUGAAUGUACCCGAUACGGCAUGUUUAUACGAUCCACUACAAUACCCAUUGCUACUUCCUUAUGGGAGUUUUGGUUGGGAUUUGACAAUUUUCUCCGACAACGCUAGAAGGAUUAGUUGUCGGGCAUAUUAUGCAUAUAUGCUACAUGUAACAGUAAUUUACUUUGAAUUAGUAAAUUCUCAGACCUAAGAUUCUUUGACUGCAUCUUACUAACUAAUUAACUUGAUGUCAUUAGAUUCGAGAAAAUGAUCACUCGAUUCUCUUACGUGCUGGGAAAUUGCUACAGCAAUAUGUGGUCGAUAACUACGUGAAGAUCUCAACAAUGAAGUUGAGAUGGGUUCGAGAUAACCAAAGGACAUUCCGAGCUGAUUGGUACUCUGGUGCUCUUGACAAGGCAGAUGCAAAUACAGGUGAUAUUGGAGAGCGGGUUAUUCUGCCUCCAAGUUACACAGGAAGCCCACGUGAUAUGCAUCAAAGGUAUUAUGACGCCAUGGCAUUGGUUCAGAAGUAUGGAAAGCCUGAUUUUUUCAUAACCAUGACAUGUAAUCCUAAGUGGGAGGAGAUCCAGAAGGAAUUAACACCAGGGCAACAAGCACAUGAUAGGCCAGAUUUGACGACGAGAGUCUUUCAUUCUAAGUUUGGAGAAUUGAAGACGGAUCUGUUCACUAAGGGGGUUCUAGGAAAGGUUGUAGCACAUGUUCAUGUCAUUGAGUUUCAGAAAAAAGAGGUCUUCCACAUGCACAUAUUCUUAUCAUUCUCGAUGAGAAAGACAAGCUACGUAGCCCAGAUGACUACGAUAAAGUUGUUCGAGCAGAAAUACCUGAUCCAGAUGUUGAACCAGAGCUGUAUGAGGAUGUCUUAAAACACAUGAUACAUAUGCCGUGUUCGUUGUCGGUUGAUAGUGUUUGUAAGAAGAACGGGAAGUGUAAGAAAAAGUUUCCGAAGAAAUUUGCACCAGCUACUUUAGAAGGCGAGGAUUCAUAUGCCAGAUGAGAAAGACAAGCUACGUAGCCCAGAUGACUACGAUAAAGUUGUUCGAGCAGAAAUACCCGAUCCAGAUGUUGAACCAGAGCUGUAUGAGGAUGUCUUAAAACACAUGAUACAUAUGCCGUGUUCGUUGUCGGUUGAUAGUGUUUGUAAGAAGAACGGGAAGUGUAAGAAAAAGUUUCCGAAGAAAUUUGCACCAGCUACUUUAGAAGGCGAGGAUUCAUAUCCAAUCUAUAGAAGGCGAGAUGAUGGUAGAGAAGUUACACUCCACAAUGGGAAAGUGGUGAAUAACAGUUGGGUUGUACCGUAUAAUCCGUGGCUUUUAAAGAAGUACGACUGCCAUAUCAAUGUGGAUAUUUGCUCAAGUGUGAAAUCAGUGAAAUAUUUGUACAAAUAUGUUUGGAAAGGGGUGGAUUGUGUCUGCAUGGAGGUUUCAAGUGAGAAAGGUAUCGAAGAUGAGAUCAAGCAGUAUGUAGACGCCCGUUGGAUAUGCCCGCAAGAAGCACUCUGGAGAAUAUACAAAUAUCAGAUGAAUAAGAUUUGCCCACCUGUAGUCUCAUUACAAAUACACCUUAAGGAUCAUCAAAAGAUUUUACUUCCAGAAGGACGGACUGUGCGAGCUGUGUUGCAGAGAGAGAGGGCAUCCCGCACAAAGCUUACUGAGUAUUUUAAGAAAAACGCAGAAGAUGAGUUUGCAAGAACCCUUUUAUACAAAGAGUUUCCUGAGCAUUAUGUAUGGAAUCAGUCAUUAAGGCAGUGGGAUAGAAGGCGGCGUAAUAAUAGAGUGAUUGGAAGAGUAAAUGUUGUUUCAACUUGCACUAAUAAUUACUAUCCGAGACUUCUGCUGAACAAUGUUAGGGGCCCAACUUCUUAUGAGGACCUGCUAAAGGUAGGUUCUGUUACCUUUUCGACGUACAGAGAAGUGGCGCAGCAUCUUGGUUUGUUAGAAAGUGAUACUGCCAUGCGUGAUACACUAUUUGAAGCAACACAAGUGCAGAUGCCUUCGUCUUUGAGAAGGCUUUUCUGCACGAUGUUAGCCUUAUGGAACCCGACCGGAGUUCGUGAAUUAUGGGAUGAAUUCCUUCCACACUUGAUUGAAGAUCACAUCCGCUCCAACACAGAACAAGGUGCUAUUAAUCUUCUGUUGCGGGAACUUAGUUCUACUCUUGGUCCAGAUUUGAUGAAGAAGUAUAAGUUCCCAACCAUCACCGAAGACGUAGGCACUUCAGGAACAAAUGAUUUGGUCAUGGAAGAAAAAUCGAUUCCUAUUCCUCCAGAAGAUUUGUCGGCUAUCGGCCAGCUAAACAACGACCAAAGGCAUGCAUUUGACAGGGUGGUGACCUCAGUUUCUCGCCGCGAAAAUUCUAUAUUCUUUAUCGAUUGUCCGGGUGGUUCAGGGAAAACUUUCCUGUACAGGGCGAUACUGGCCUAUCUAAGAACUGAAGGACAUAUUGCAAUUGCAACGGCGACAUCAGGAAUUGCUGCAACGAUGAUGCCAGGUGGGCGGACUGCUCAUUCCAGGUUCAAGAUACCCGUACCAGCUGACUCAACAUCUUCGUGUGACAUACAUGUGGACACUGAUUUAGCAGAUCUCAUUCGUAAGGCCAGCUUGAUUAUUUGGGAUGAAGCAACAAUGGCAAAUCGAUAUGCAUUUGAAGCUUUAGAUCGGACUUUAAGAGAUAUAACUAAGGUUGAGCUACCAUUUGGAGGUAAGAUUAUGGUUUUGGGUGGUGAUUUCCGUCAAGUGUUGCCUGUAAUUGAACAUGGCACACGAGCACAGGCAUUAAGUGCAUGCUUAACCAAUGCUAAAUUCUGGAAGGAUGUCAAGGUAAUUCAUCUCAAAGAAAACAUGCGUUCAAGAUUGGAUCCCGACUUCUUAGAAUUUUUGCUUCUCAUUGGAGAUGGAGUUGAGCCCUGUGUUAUGGAAGAUAUGGUGAAGCUUCCAGAUGACAUUGUGUUGGAAUGGGAUGGAGAGCAGGCUGUUAAGAGAUUGAUUGACUAGGUUUUUCCAAGACUUGAAGAGAAUGCAUUUGACAAAGUUUAUAUGAGUCAGAGGGCCUUGAUAACCCCAAAGAAUGACGUUGUUGAAAAGCUCAAUCAGAAAGUUAUUGAAAUCUUCCCAGGAGCAGAGGUAGUGUAUCAUUCUUUUGACACGGUAACAGAUGACCCCAAGAAUUUGUGGACAGAAGAUUUUCUUAACACUAUUGCUCCAGGUGGAUUACCUCCUCACAAGCUUAUACUGAAAAUAGGUGCUCCAAUUAUUCUCUUGAGAAACCUUGAUCCAAAGUGUGGGCUUUGCAAUGGCACAAGGUUACUAUGCCGAAUAUUAUUCACAAACUUUAUCGAUGCAGAAAUUGUUACAGGUAGUUGCACAGGUAUGAGAGUGUUGAUUCGGAGGAUACCCAUGGAGCCCCCAAAAGACUCAAAACUUCCUUUUAAACUUACACGAAAGCAGUUUCCAGUUCCCACAAGUUUUGCUCUAACGGUUAACAAGUCUCAAGGGCAGACCAUACCACAUGUUGGUGUUUACCUACAAGAACAUGUGUUUAGUCAUGGACAGUUAUAUGUUGCUUUGUCCAGGGGAGUCUCAAGAACCACAACAAAAGUGUUAGUCAAGAACGGGGCUCUUCCAGAUAUUGCUGGAACGUAUAUCAGAAAUGUUGUUUUUCAAGAUGUUCUAAAAUUAUGUGAUAGAGUUGGGUGAUGUAUUUUUGAUUGAUGUAAUUCUAAAUGGAAAAAAAUAAUAAUUUAUUGUUGGUA